AUAAGGAAAGGUUGCCCUCCCCAAUGUUGGAACUCGUGGUAUUAUUUCUCCUUAGUUCUGUUUCCUUUUUCGUGGCCCAUCUGGAAAAACCAAAGUCCUUUUCCGGCUACAAAGAUGCCACAUGUCCUAUUGUAAUGGGUAUACUCGCCGCUGGAUUGGUGUACAAAAAUCGGUAAGACGACAAGACUUUUUGAAAAAGAUGACUUUAUUUAUUUGCUGCGGCGGACUUCAU